CUGACUAAUGCAGGUAAUGUCCAUCUGCAUCACCCCCCCUUGCAUAUUGUACCGUCUCGUCUGCACCAAUCGCUAUUUUCACAUCCACCGCUAGACUCUGCAUAUUGCCCAUAGUCUCAAAGAUCAGGAUGAGCCCAUCAACUGGGGAAAUUGCCGCUUGUUCUCGGAAAUGCCAUCAGUAUCCAUCAUGAGACCAUGAGCUCUGCGGGAGCGGCCAUGGUUGUAGAUACUUAAAGCACAGAGUGACGGCAGAAAGAAUCUUCCUGAGCUCCUAGCAGCAUUUCUUCUAAGACAACAUGAGGUUCUGGUCGUCUCUCCUGCUUGGGGCGAGUCUCCUCACCGGGACUCGGGCAACUACCGAUGGUCUCACAGACCUGGUCUCCUGGGAUCCCCACAGUCUGACCGUGAAGGGGAACCGACUGUUUGUCUUUUCGGGCGAAUUUGCCUAUCCGAGACUUCCGGUCCCUGAACUAUGGCUCGACAUUUUCCAGAAGAUGCGUGCCAACGGAUUCAACGCGGCCAGUAUCUAUCUCUUCUGGAAUUACCAUUCCCCCAUCAACGGGACGUUCGACUUUGAGACAGGUGCACAUAACCUGCAGCGUCUCUUCGAUUAUGCGCAGGAAGCUGGCAUCUAUCUCAUUGCCCGGCCCGGCCCUUAUGACAAUGCUGAGAUCAAUGGCGGCGGCUUAGCUCUUUAUCUGAGUGACGGCAGCGGAGGCUCCUUGCGUACGAGCGACGCCACGUACACGGCCGCAUGGGAACCGUGGGUGGAAGAAAUCGGCAAGAUCAUUGCUGCCAAUUCCAUUACCAAGGGCGGACCCGUCAUCCUGAACCAAAUCGAGAACGAGCUGCAGGAAACAACGCACAGUGCAAGCAACACGCUAGUUCAAUAUAUGAUCAAACUCGAAGCUGCCUUUCGGGCCGCAGGGGUUGAUGUUCCCUUUACCCACAACGAGAAAGGAAUGCGAUCCGAAAGCUGGUCCACAGACUACGAGGACGUGGGCGGUGCUGUCAAUGUCUACGGUCUGGACUCCUACCCGGGUGGACUCAGCUGUACCAAUGAGGCGACUGGUUUCAAUGUGGUUCGGACCUAUUAUCAAUGGUUCCAGAAUUACAGCUACACCCAGCCCGAGUAUUUUCCCGAGUUCGAAGGAGGGUGGUUCUCUGCUUGGGGAGCCUCUUCCUUCUAUGACACUUGCACGAGCGAGCUGAGUCCGAAUUUUGCCGAUGUAUACUACAAGAACAACAUCGGUCAGAAAGUGACGCUUCAGAGCAUUUACAUGACAUAUGGUGGCACGAACUGGGGCCAUCUCGCAGCACCCGUUGUGUACACGUCUUAUGACUACAGCGCCCCGCUGAGCGAGAGCCGAGUGGUCCGGGAUAAAAUGAGUCAGACUAAGCUUAUUGGACUGUACACAAGAGUGUCAACCGGUCUGCUCACUGCAGACAUGGAGGGCAACGGAACAGGAUACACGUCCAGCACAUCUGCUUAUACCUGGGUGCUUAGGGACUCGCAAUCGGAUGCUGGGUUCUAUGUCGUGCAGCAGGCAACGACGUCAUCACGUACCUCUCUCACAUUUGACCUGGACGUGACUACCUCGGCGGGCAACUUCACAUUGACUGAUAUCAAUCUCGACGGACGACAGAGCAAAAUCAUUUCGACAGACUAUCCGCUGGGUCACAGCACCAUUUUGUAUGCCUCUACCGAUAUCGCCACCUACGGAACGUUCGGCGACACGGAUGUGGUCGUCUUGUACUCUCGUGUCGGCCAGAAGGCAUCAUUUGCCUUCAAGAACCCCGGUCGCCUCAACUUCACUGAAUACGGCCCCUCGGUCAACCUGACUCGCAGUUCCGGCAACUCGACUACGCCAUCGUACACCUACACGCAGGCUAGUGGUACCAGCAUUGUACAGUUCUCCAACAAGACCAUCUUCUAUCUCCUGGACACCGACACGGCAUUCAGAUUCUGGGCCCCGCCAACCACGAAUGAUCCGUACGUGACUGCCGACCAGCACAUUUUUGUUCUAGGGCCCUACCUGGUCCGCAACGCCUCCGUCGCUGGAAGUGUCGUCAACCUUGUUGGAGACAUUGACAAUACUACCACUAUUGAGGUCUUUGCUGGCUCGUCUGUCAACACCGUGAAAUGGAACGGCAAGCGGCUUUCGACGACGCAGACAGCUUAUGGUAGUCUGGUCGGAUCCAUCAGCGGACCGUCUAGCACCAUCUCGCUGCCGGCUUUGAGCGGCUGGAAGGUCCGCAAUUCGCUGCCUGAACUAGAAUCCGACUACGACGACUCCAACUGGACUGUCUGCAACAAGACCACGACGCUGAGUCCUGUGCAGCCGUCAACCCUACCAGUUCUCUACGCGUCGGACUACGGUUACUACACGGGCAUCAAGAUCUACCGUGGACGCUUUGAUGGCGCAAAUGCCACUGGCGCUAGCCUGACUGCUCAGGGCGGUGUUGGUUUUGGAUGGAACGUUUGGCUCAAUGGUAACCUGGUUGCUACUCUGCCGGGUGACGCUUCGGCGACGUCGUCGAGUGCAACGUUGGAUUUCAGCAACCAUACCCUCAAAGCAACCGACAACCUGCUCACUGUUGUGAUCGACUAUACCGGACACGAUGAGACGUCCACUGCAGAGGGCGUCGAGAACCCCCGCGGUCUGCUCAGUGCAAGCCUGACUGGCGGCAACUUUACCAGCUGGAAGAUCCAGGGCAAUGCUGGAGGGGCUGCCGGAGCCUACGAGCUGGACCCCGUUCGUGCCCCCAUGAACGAAGGCGGACUGCUGGCUGAGCGCCAGGGUUGGCAUCUUCCAGGCUACAAGGCCAGUUCGUCGGAUGGAUGGACCUCCGGCUCCCCUCUCGAUGGACUAAACAAGUCUGGCGUUGCAUUCUACCUUACCACGUUCACUCUCGACCUGCCCAAGAGCUACGACGUCCCUCUUGGUAUCCGUUUCACGUCACCAGCCACUGUGAACCCCGUCCGAAUCCAGCUGUUUAUCAACGGCUACCAAUACGGAAAAUACGUCCCUUAUCUGGGACCGCAGACCACGUUCCCCGUUCCGCCUGGUAUCAUCAACAAUCGGUCCAAGAAUACUAUUGGUAUAAGUCUGUGGGCCCAGACGGAUGCUGGUGCUGCUUUGGAGGACAUCGAGCUCGUCACCUACGGUACCUACGAGAGUGGAUUCGAUGCUGGAUCGGGCACCAGUUUUGAUAUGAAUGGCGCGAAUCUGGGCUAUCAACCUGAGUGGACAGAGGCUCGGUUGAAGUAUACUUAAUCCUUGAUUGUCCCAGGCGUGACAGAUCAGGUGUGCUUUAGGUGAUCCGCUUGCCGUGGGGUUUAUUCUUUGUUUCGGGUUGAUACUUUCUGCCAUGCUUAUUUCAUGUAAUCUGAUCAAAAUGGAAGGUGAUAAUAAUAACG